AUGAGAGUCACAUCCAUCCUCAGACACAAGCUGAACUCUGACAAGACCUUCUCCUUGGCCCACAGCCAGGGUGCCCUGCCAGAGUCAGUGGCUGCACAAGCUCCCAUGAUGAUUUCCAGCAGUGGCACUGGGGAUAUCUCUCAAUGGCAGGUCCUAGGCCCUGCCCAGCCUGCGCAGAAAGUGGCCCAGCCCAUGCAGAAAGUGACCAAGCCCCAGCAUCCUGCUCCAAAUGGGCACCUUGAGAAGCCCCUGGAGAGAAGUGUUCUUCUGCAGAAGCUGACUGUCUUUCACAUCGCUAUUGCUUUUGCACACCUGGCCUUUGGUGGUUUCCUGCUCUCCACAGUUAAGAACCUGCACUUGGUGGUGUUGAAGUGCUGGUAUCCACUCUGGGGAGCUGUCGCUUUUCUCAUUUCAGGGAUCUUGGCAAUGACAACAAGGACAUUUCCCAAGACUUCUAUGAAGAUACUGUGUGUGACAGGAAACGUCAUCAGCUUCUUGUGUGCGCUGGCAGGCCUCUUCGUCAUUGUCAAGGACCUCUUUCUGGAGAGUCCUUUUCCAUGGCCAAUCUGGAGACCAUACCCCAACAGCACAGUCUAUAUCCAGAGACUGGAGCUGACCCUGCUCUGCUUCACCUUCCUGGAGAUCUUCCUGACAGGAUCCACAGCCGUCAUAGCCUGUAGGACAGAACGUCUGCAUGCAGAGGAUAAGGAUGACACCCCUCUCGUUCCUGACGCACCUGUGGAACUUGAAGGUCUCUCGAUGGAGCCACCAACCUAUGAAGAUGUGACUCAAGCUUGCUCUGAGUCUUUCCGAGGCCACCAGCUCUGGGUCACUGCUGGCCUCACUGACACUGUCCAUCGAUCUCCACUCCACACAGGCUCCAGGAGCUUGGGAGAGUAG